GGCGCGGAGUGCGGGGUGCGGGCGCGCGGAAGCCGGCCGGGGUCGCCUGCGAACGAGUCUUUAAGGGGAAUCGGGCGCCAGCGUGGCGGUGUUUGGAGACGAAAUGGAACAAGCAGUGGGAGAGCCAGCGAGAGACCAGGUCACGCGGACGCGUUUGACAGAAGCCAUCCCAAAAGCCAAGAGGUGCACGGUGAUCGGGGGCUCUGGCUUCCUGGGCCAGCACAUGGUGGAGCAGUUGCUGGCCAGAGGUUACGCCGUCAAUGUGUUCGACAUGCGGCAGAGCUUCGAGGAUCCCCGCGUGCACUUCUUUCUGGGGGACCUCUGCAGCCCGCAGGACCUGUGCCCGGCUGUGAAAGGGGUGAGCACGGUCUUCCACUGCGCCUCGCCGCCACCGUCCAGUAAUGACAGGGAGCUUUUCUACAGAGUCAAUUACCUUGGCACCAAGAACAUCAUUGAAACUUGCAGAGAGGCUGGGGUUCAGAAACUCAUCUUAACCAGCAGUGCCAGCGUCGUCUUUGAGGGCCGCGAUGUCAAGAACGGCAGCGAGGACCUCCCUUACGCCACACGCCCCAUCGACUACUACACGGAGACCAAGAUCUUGCAGGAGCAAGCCGUCCUGGAUGCCAACGACCCUGACAGGAAUUUUUUAACCACAGCCAUCCGCCCUCACGGCAUCUUUGGCCCAAGGGACCCCAACCUGGUCCCCGUCCUCGUCGAGGCAGCCAGGAAUGGCAAGAUGAAGUUCAUGAUUGGAAAUGGUAAGAACUUGGUGGACUUCACCUUCGUGGACAACGUGGUCCACGGGCACAUCCUGGCCGCGGAGCACCUCUCCCGAGACUCGUCCCUGGGCGGGAAGGCCUUCCACAUCACCAAUGACGACCCCAUCCCCUUCUGGACCUUCCUGUCCUGCAUCCUGAGGGGCCUCAAUUACGAAGCCCCCAAGUACUACAUCCCCUACUGGCUGGCCUACUACCUGGCCUUCCUGCUGUCCCUGCUGGUGGCGGUCCUCAGCCCUCUGAUCCGGCUCCAGCCCACGUUCACACCCAUGCGGGUCGCGCUGGCUGGCACGUUCCACUAUUACAGCUGCGAGAGAGCCAAGCAGGCCAUGGGCUACCGGCCACUGGUCACCAUGGACGACGCGGUGGCAAGGACUGUGCAGAGCUUUCGCCACCUGCGGAAGGUCGAGUGAGGCGCCGCAGAAACUGGGCCCUCUCGAUGGGUCGGUCCCCCACGGAUAAUUCUCCCCUGUGGACCAAUAAACUAAUC